AUGCCCGGAUACAAGCGCUCGCUGGAUGGCAGCGCUGAUCGCUCCAGAGACGCCGACAAGAAACCGAAAGACUGGCGGGAUGCGUUCCUCGACGACGAUCAGCCGCGGAGGAGGGAGAGAUCCCAUUCUCGCGACAACGACUAUCGGAAACGCGAUGACAGAGCGCGGGGAAGUAGAGAAGAGGAGAGAGGGUAUCGGUCAAGGGACCCCCGCGGUGGACUUCCAUACGAUAAUGGAGAAAGACGGGGAGACGAUCGGCAGGGCAAUGGUCGAGGCCAAUACUCUGGCGGGAGUAGCAGGCACUACCCCACUCGUGAGCAUAGAGGAGGUGCCGCGCGGGGGCAAGAACGGGAAAGUGACCGUCGUAGGCAUAAUGAAUCAUCGAGUCAACUGAGAGGUGAGGAUAGAGAGGAAGGCGAGAUCGAACCGCAACCUGUCCAGUCUCAUCCUGGACCGACCGCCGGAUCGGUAGAGCCGCCAAGAGCACGACCUAUACCACACGCGGUACCGCUCACCGGGUUCCGGCCGCUCAACAUGCCUGCUCAACCGCCGGCACCCGUUCCGCAGACCCGCCCGGCCGCAAAUGUGUUGGAAACGGAGGCACGGGAGUCAAAGAAGGCGCGAGUGGAGAUGGAGGCGGAGGAGGUCGAGCCUGUGGUGUUACUGGAGGAAGAGCGGGAUCCGGACAAGGUGCUAGAGGAGCGAAGGAAGAAGAGGGAGGAGAUUAUGGCCAAAUUCAAAGCUAAUGGUGGGAAGGCGGCGGUAUCGGCGGUUGUGGCGGAAGGGAAGGAUCCAGCUGGGCCAGGUGCGGAUAGUGUGAACAGCGCGGGGACGAGAACAGGGAUGAGAACGGGUUUGUCUGCCAGACCUGACACACCAGGUGCGACUCCCUUACUUAAGGCUCUCGGUACCCGAUCGGCGAUGGGAUCUGCAUCCACCGCGGUCUCUCGAACUCCAGCACUGCCCGAACCAAGCCUAGCGAAUACACCGCUCGGCAAGGACUUUGAUCUCGGUAAAAGCGAUGUUGCUCCCCAACCUGCAGGUGAGGACCUCGUCUCCGCGGCAGACUACGAUCCAACAGCCGAGGGCGCGGUCGACCAGGCUCGACGUGAUCGCGACAACGGAGUCGUCGACUACGCCAAGGAAGUCGCCGGCGGUAUCGGCGAACCAAUCGUCGUACCGGACGACGAAUGGGAGGAGGUCGAGAUGGAAGUGGACGAAGAGGAAGACGAGGUGGACAUGUUCUCGGCCUUUGAGGAAUCAGAUCGACCCAAGAAGAAGAGAAAGAUCAAGGUCAGGCGGAGAAAACAGGCGGACGGGACAGAUGUGACCGAGACGAUGGAGGUGACGGGCGAAAAGCAAAAGGCAAAGGUGGCGGUAGUGGAUAAUGUGGAUGAUGCGGAGGGUUACUACAGGAUCACGCCGGGGGAGAUUGUGGAUGAUGGGCGGUAUCAGGUGACGACGACGCUGGGGAAGGGGAUGUUUUCGGCGGUGGUCAAGGCGAAAGUGUUAAAGGCGGUCGGGCAGGAGCGGCGACAGGAUGUAGUGGGGAAGGAGGUGGCUAUCAAGGUCAUUCGGAGUCAGGAGAGCAUGUAUGUUGCCGGGCGAAAGGAAGCGCAGAUUCUCAAGCGGCUGAACGAGGCCGAUCCAGACGAUAAGAAGCACAUCGUCCGUAUGGAGCGUACGUUUGAGCAUCACGGUCAUCUCUGUAUCGUCACUGAGAGUCUAAGCAUGAACCUCCGAGACGUUCUCAAGCGCUUCGGCAAAGACGUUGGGCUGAAUAUGCGCGCCGUCCGAGCCUAUGCGCAUCAGAUGUUCCUUGCUUUGUCGCUCAUGCGCAAGUGCAGUCUCGUGCACGCUGAUAUCAAGCCCGACAACGUCUUGGUGUCUGAGAACAAGGCGACGCUCAAAGUCUGUGACUUUGGCUCAGCUUCCGAUGUUGCGGACGGGGAUAUCACGCCGUAUCUUGUCUCCCGAUUCUACCGAGCUCCGGAGAUCAUCCUUGGCCUGCCAUUUGAUACUGCUAUCGACAUUUGGUCCACCGGCUGCACGCUGUACGAACUCUACACUGGCAAAAUCCUUUUUCCCGGCCGAUCCAACAACCACAUGCUCCUCCUCAUGAUGGAAGUCAAGGGCAAGAUCAAUCACCGCUUGAUCAAAAAGGCGACCUUUGGCGAAAUGUACUUUGACGAAGGCAUGAACUUUCUCAGUGUCGAGAAGGACAAGAUCACCGGAGCGGAUACACUAAAGACGCUUGUGAUCUCUGGUCCGUCCAGAGAUAUCCGAUCACGUAUUAUGCCGUCCAGCAAUAUCCAGCUCAAGAUGAAGGACGACGAGAUCAAGCAGAUGGCCAACUUUGUGGAUCUGCUGGAUAAGUGUCUGCAAUUGGAUCCGGCGAAGAGGAUCACGCCGAGAGAUGCGCUGUUGCAUCCGUUUGUGGCAGGUACGGGAUAG